AUGUGCGCCACAGCUCGUUACGUGUGUGCCGCUGCUCCAUCCACUCCCAUCUUUGUUGACGCAGACACUGGGGGCGGGAAUGCGCUCAACGUGCAGCGCACAGUGAAGGACCUCAUUGCCGCCGGUGCUGCGGGCUGCUUCAUCGAGGUGAUUCCAGCGGAGGAGGCUGCAGUGAAGAUAGCAGCAGCGAGGGACGCCAUUGGUGAUGCGGAUUUCUUCCUUGUGGCACGCACAGAUGCUCGCGCCACGUCACAGAAGAGAGGGCUCGCUGAUGCCAUUGCACGUGCCAACCUAUACAUGGACGCUGGAGCCGAUGGGUGCUUUGUGGAGGCGCCUCGUGAUGUGGAGGAGUUGCGGGAGAUUGGGCGCAACACGCGGGGAUUUCGAGUGUGCAACAUGCUGGAGGGGGGUGUUACUCCCCUCCUCACUCCUCAGGAGCUUUCUGACCUUGGGUUUCACCUGAUAGUGAACCCGCUGACGGGGCUGUAUGCAUCCACGCGUGCGCUGAUUGACAUCCACAAGGAGCUGAAGCAGGAGGGCACCACACGCGGGGCGAUGGAGCGUCUGGCUACCUUCACUGAGUUCAAUGCGCUGGUCAGCCUUGACGACUGGUAUGCCACCGAGGCCAAGUAUCAGACCCCCAAGAUUGUGCCUGCCACCACCCCGGACACUACCUCUUAA